UUCGAUUCAACGUGACAUGAUAAUGCUGGAAAACCAACUUCCUCUGUUCAUUCUCGACCGGUUAUUAGGGCUACAGCCCGGUACACCGAACCAAACCGGUAUAGUGGCAGAUGUUGCUGUUCAGUUCUUCAAAACACUAAUGCCAACAAGCGAGGCGCUGACCAAAUCAAAAAGCCCGUUGGACUCGCAGGAAAAAUCCGAUGAACUGGCUGACAAUGGCGGGUUGCACUGCUUGGAUGUGUUCCAUCGAAGUCUCAUCCAAUCUAGUGAGACAACGAAUCGGGGGACUCCAUAUGAGGAUAUGAGGAUGGUGGACAAGCAACAACAACUGAUACAUUGCGUGACAGAACUAAGAGACGCUGGUGUUAAGUUCAUGAGAAAACAAACCGGCCAGCUUUGGGAUAUUGAAUUCAAAAACGGUUAUCUAAAGAUACCCAAACUACUAAUCCAUGACGGUACCAAGUCUCUUUUCUCAAAUCUUAUAGCUUUCGAGCAGUGCCAUACACAGUCAAGCAACAACAUAACAUCCUACAUAAUCUUCAUGGAUAAUCUAAUAAACUCUUCUCAAGAUGUUAGCUACUUGCACCAUGACGGUAUCAUUGAGCAUUGGCUAGGGAGUGAUUCUGAAGUUGCAGAUUUGUUCAACCGGUUAUGUAAAGAAGGGAUCUUUGACCCAAAAGAUGGUUAUCUAUCUCAAUUGUCUGGCGAAGUUAACCGUUAUUAUAGUCGUAAGUGGAACUCUUUGAAGGCUACCUUAAGACAAAAGUACUUCAAUAACCCUUGGGCAUAUUUCUCUUUUUCAGCUGCACUUGUUCUGCUAAUUCUUACAUUCUUUCAAAGCUUGUUUGCUGUCUAUGCUUAUUAUAAGCCACUUUCUUAACUUUCAUUGUUAUUUUUAUUUUUCAUUUAAAUUACAAAGAUUUGUAUUUUCUUGCUUUCUUAACAUUUUAUAUUUUCGUCUAUUCAAAAUAAAACAUUGAGGUUGUA